GUGCUUCCAAGGGCGACAUCUAAACAUUACUGUAUCUUGAGCGCAACAAGUUAUUAAAAUCGGAAAUUAAAAGCAGAAAAAUGGGAAAGUAUAAGAGGAAAACGAAGAAGUUGAGAAAUUUGCAGCCAAUGGAGACCGAUGACAGUCCACAGCCUGGGCCGUCACAGGGACCCUCACAGGGACCGUCUCCGGGACCCUCGCAGGGACCGUCAACUCCAAGCCUUCCUGUAACGUCGACAAGCGUCCAAAGCUAUACGGAGAUCCCUAUGGAGGUCGAUCUCUAUGAAGAAAAAGACUUAAAAGAGGAGGCGAUGGAGUAUGAAACUUACACUGAAAAGAGAAAAGCUAAGAAAAGGAAAUUCAAGGGAGUUGAUGAAAAUACCACCCCAAUAAAACGAAAAAGACGCGACCGGGGAACCAAAAGAAAAUGUCCUUGGGGUUCUCCUAUGUCACUUAGAAAGCGGGUGAAGCUCGCUUCCAUGUUAUAAACAUGGGAGCGGGCUCAGGGGUAAGACUGACUUUUCUUCGUGCAUGACUUUUCUUCAUGCAGUAUCUAAUGGGUCCUAUUUUAAUCGUCUCGUAUUUUUCUUUUGACUAAAAAUAUUCAGUUUUCAAUACCAAUGUCAUACACUGUUUUGAAGCUAUUUCUAACAUUUGAUUUUCAUUUUCAUUUUACCUCGAAUUCUCUCACUAGACAUUUAUAUUUUUUUCACAAACUGCACGAAGAAUGAAUUGUCUUACCCUUGAAAGAAUGAGAAAGGUGGAAAUAGAUCAAGAAAGGUAGGUCAAACAAAAUAUAUUUUAUAGAUCUUAGUCAAAGAAAUAAUGAUUAUAUCACAGAUCUUUGGGUAAAUAAAAUUUAACAUCUCUUUAGAUUAUUGCAGGACCUGUUUAGCAUGAACUCUGGAAGAAACGUGGAGAAUAAUGAUAUGAGAUUUUAUGUCGGAAAGUGUAAAAAAGUCUAUAGCGCAAUGUUUUAAGUGAACUUAUAAUAAUUCAAUCUGUGUGUAAAGUACACCAUUGAAAAAUGAAAAGGUUGGACUUUGUUGACGUGCUGUUUCUCAACAUGAGUAAAUAGACACUAUUUAUGAAAAACGGGGUGAGAAAAAAGUGGCCGUUAUAUGCAGGUUUUAUCAAAAAUUAAAGUUAUGUUAUUAAAUUCUCAUUUACGUUUAUAACGUAGCAUUUAAUGUGGAAGUGUUUCAGGAUGGAAAUGCUAGUAAAUAUAACAUAUUAAUUCAACAAGACAUGACACACUGUAUAGGUAGGGGGAACUGCUUAAAAGGUAAGAUUGUCUAAAUCCGUCCUUACGCAACAACUUAAAAAUAAUAUUACAUUGCCAAGUGUUUGCAUUUCUAUACAAAGCUAGACUCAUUUCAGGGAGGUAAUGAGAAAAUCUAAAUAAACAGACAGUUUGUAAGAAGUAACUUCAAUCAUCAAUUAAUUUCAGUUUUUUUUUUGUAUAUAAAAUUUUGUACGUAAGUUGGUAUCACAUUGACUACUUUUGGCUUCACACAUUUGUUCACUGUGCUGACUUAACCAUAAAUCUGUUUGGCUAUUUCAUCCCCCGCCACGAGUGGUUGGGGGUUAUAGGAAUGGUCUCCGUCCGUCCGUCUGUCCGUCCAUAACAUUUCGUGUCCGCUCUGUAUCUCUUAAACCCCUUGAAGGAUUUUCAUGAAACUUGGGUCAAAUGAUCACCUCAUCGAGACAAUAUGCAGAACCCAUAAGUCAGCCAUGUCGACUUCUAUUUCGUGUCCGCUCUGUUUCCCCUAAACCCCUCAGAGGAUAUUAACGAAACUUGGGUCAAAUGAUCACUCAUAAAGUCAAUGUACACAACCCAUGAGUCAGCCAUGCCGGCUCAAGGUCAAUGUCUCAACUCAAGGUCAAAGGUUUGUGCCUUCCAUUACGUGUCCGCUCUGUAUCUCCUUAACCCCCUGAAGGAUAAUCAUGAAACUUGAGUCAAAUGAUUACCUUAUCAAGACUAUGUGCAGAACUUAUGAGUCAGCCAUGUAUGCUCAAGGUCAAGGCCACAACUCAAGGUCAAAGGUUUGAGCCUUAAAUUUUGUGUCCACUCUAUAUUUCCUAAACCCAUUGAAGGAUAAUCAUGAAACUUAUCAAGACGAUGUGCAGAACUCAUGAGUCAGCCAUGUCAUUCUAAUGUCAAGGUCACAAGUGAAGCGCAAAGGUUUGAACCUUCAAUUUUAUGUCUGCUCUGUAUCUCCUAAACCCCUUGAAGGAUUGUGAUGAAAUUUGGGUCAAUUGAUUCCCUUAACAAGACAAUGUGCAAAACUUAUGAGUGGGCCUUGUCGGCUCAAGGUCAAGGUCACAACUCUGGGUCAAAUGUUUGAACCUUCCAUUUUGUGUCCGCUCUAUAUCUCCUAAACCCCUUGAAGAAUUUUCAUGAAACUUUUGUCAGUUAAUCAUCUCAUCAAGAUGAUAUGCAAAACUCAUGCGUCAGCCAAGUUCAAGGUCACAACUCAAGAUCAAAUGCCAGUUUGAGCCUUCCAUUUUAUAUCUGCUCUGUAUCUCCCAAACCCCUUGAAGGAUUUUGAUAUGACUGGCUGUAAUAUUCCCCAUAUUAAGAAAUUGUGCAUAAUUCAAAAUUCACCCCUGCGAGCUUAAAGUUAAGAUCGCAACUCGAUUGUUUAAUGGUUCCAUCUAAUACCAUAAACCCUUUCACAAUUCAUAACAAUGGCGGGAGAUAUAGCUGUCUUUCACUUUCAGACUGCUUUGUUAAUAAAGUUAUGCCACUAUCACGAUAUGGCAGUAUUUUGGUGAAAUCUGUUAUAUUAGAAAGCGUUGUGAGACAAGAAAGCUCUAUAACUCAAAAUUGCGUCCCCUUUGGUACUUGUGUAUGUCUACGUUUUCAUUAAUAAGUCGAGCGAUGCCGACCACCAAUAACAGUUGAACUCUUGUUUGAAGUCCAAUACUAAUGUUAUUUCUAAAGUUCUAUACGCAGACAGUUUGUUGCAUUUAUUAUAUCGUUUCGUGCAACAAAUCAAAUGAAUUAAUAAACUGGUAGCCUACCGUAUACAUUUUAGAGUUAGUGUAAGAAACAGCGGCUCUUCCCAUGGCCCCUAUACUACACAGUAGACCGAAGAACAGCGAGUCUGCAAAAUAUACAUAAUACUCGGCGGAGGAUCGAGAAAUAUUCUACCAUUCUACGAUGAAAUCAAGUGAUAUUGGAAUAUCCUUGCCAAGAAGAACAUCAGUGCUUUGCGAGGGACAAUCAGGAGGUUUACUUGCAUGCCAAGCAGACUGUUGCUGUCAAAUAAUAACCGAAUUAUUAUAGAAGGUUUGAAAGUUUGGGAUAUAAGGAGAGAAUUUAUUUUCACAGUUGAAUGGAUAAACCAACACGUAUUCUUGUCUGCGGAGGUGGAAAUGGCGCGCAUACUUUGGCGGCUACAGCUUCCUGCCUUGACAACCUCGAGGUCAAUGUUAUGACAUUAUUUUCAGACGAAGCAAAGAGGUGGUCUGACAAACUUGGCGAAGACAAAAUUCUUAUAGACGUGACUUACAAUGAUGGAAAUCAAGGUGAACUUCACGGAAAACCAAGACUAAUAACCAAUGAUCCUGAAGAGGCUAUGAAGGGCGUUGAUGCCGUUUUCUUUGUUGUACCUGCCUUUGCACACCAGCAAUACUUCGAUGCAAUUUCUAAACAUGUGCAGCCAAACACAAUUAUAAUAGGAAUGCCGGGUCAAGCAGGUUUCGAAUUUCAGGCCACUAAAAGUUUGAAGAAUGCAAAUGCACUUUCCAACUGCGCAAUUAUAAGUAUGGAGUCUUUACCUUGGGCCUGUAGAAUUUUAGAUUUUGCAAAGAAAGUACAGAUUCUUGGAUUUAAAGAUGUGCUCGGAGUUUCGCUAAUUCCCGGACAUGGUCAGUACAAGUUGCCUCCCCUUGAAUUUGCGCAAAGAAUAAUGGGACCUAAACCUCAGCUGAAGCCAACUUCGAAUUACCUAGCUGUUAACCUGAUGGCAAAGUCUAUUAUUCAUCCGCCUGUUAUUUAUGGAAAAUGGAGAAAUUGGGAUGGAAACCCCGUUCCGGAGGCUCCACUCUUUUAUCAAGGUGUUAAUGACGAGCAAGCUGAUUUUCUGUCUAAAGUGAGUGACGAGGUCGUUGCCACAGCAAAGAAAAUACAAAGCCGGAUAGAAAAACUCGAUAUGUCGGAGGUCAUUCAUAUUUACGACUGGUACAAACUAUAUUACCAUGAGCAAAUCUCGGACGAUAGCUCUCUUAAAGCAUGUAUGUUGACGAAUAAAGCGUACAAUGGGCUACUGCAUCCAAUGAAAAAAGUGGAAAACGGAUUUGUUCCCGACUAUAACUAUAGAUAUAUUUCAGAAGAUAUACCUUUUGGUCUUGUGGUCAUGAAAGGUAUUGCUGAAUGUGCCGAUGUUAAAACUCCAACAAUGGAUGCAGUCAUUACAUGGGGGCAAGAAAAACUGGGUAAAGAAUACAUUGUUGGUUCACAGCUAACAGGCAAGGACGUACAUAGUACAAGAGCGCCGCAAGCAUAUGGCUUUCACACUUUGGAAGAGCUAUGUGAUAUCUUAUAGGACGUUUGAAUUAAUAGAUAGGUCAAGAAGUUUUAGCAAAUGAAUAAAUGCCCUUUUUAUCCAGAUUGUAUGUAACAUAUACUUUAUAGAAAUAUUCACUUGAGAGUGAACGAUAUGUUUUGUUUUAUAGCGAAGAUGUAAUUUCUGGCGGGAUAUUUGCAGACAAAGACCUUAAUGGACGAUUCUUUUCUUGCAAUCCUGUCGCUUUCCAGGUGUACGUUUUUUUAAUUAAAGCAUUUAUUUAUCAAGUUAUAA